UUGAGCAGGUGUGCGAAAUCUGCCAAUCCGUUUCGUGGUUUGACUUUUAGCUGUUCCCCUUUAUGAACAUUUCUUGAUAAAUUUAAAUUAUUAUUUCCAGGAAAGUGGAAAACCUGAAGAAAAAACGAUUGAAAAAUUUUUAAAAAAUAUCUUCAUCCGUUUCUGUGCGUUUAUUUCUUCAUAAAUCGUGAAAAAUGGCAAUGCUUGCUGAGCCUCGACGAAAACAAAAAUGGACACUCAAUCCACGAGGGAAACAUUGGAGCGAAGAUUCCAACAAAUUCGGGCAAAAAAUGCUGGAAAAAAUGGGUUGGACGAGUGGGAAAGGUCUAGGUGCCAAGGAGCAAGGGAUGACAGAACAUGUCAGAGUUAAAUUUAAGGAUGAUUCUGCAGGCAUUGGUUACAGCAAGGACGAGCAGGACAAAGAGUGGACUCAUCAUCAGGAAGGUUUCAACGACCUUCUGAUGAAUCUUCAAAAAAGUCAAAACAUGGAACCAACCGAAUUAAUGGAAUCCAAGGAAAUAGCUUUAAGCGGAAUGUCCUUAGAGCAAAAGUCCAAGCAAAGCAAAGCUAGAGUACACUACCAGAAGUUCACUCGGGGAAAAGACGUCAAUAAAUACAGUGCCAAAGAUUUGGCAAAUAUCUUCGGGAAAAAAACUCUGGAUGAAAAGCCGAAAGUUGAGGAAAAAGUCGAAGAAGAAUUCGAUGCUGAGCCAAUUGGUGCCAAAGAUAAUACCGGUGGCGUUGUUACCAUAAAAGGCGGUAACAUACAUGAUUAUUUUAGGAACAAGAUGUCCACAAUGAAAAGGAACGAGGACAAAGAAUUUAAAGAGAAUAGUGACAGUGAAGAGGAACGGUAUGUUGGAUUUGGUUUUAGUACUGCAAAGUGUCCCCAAGAAAGCAAUUUUUCUCAAAGCGUAGAAGAUUCCACAAAUUGCGCUUUUAAAAAUCCUUGUUUAGAUAUAAAAGCUUUGUCGAUUUUAAAAGCUUCUUCGGUCGCGAAACCCUCCCCGAUUCCGAAACCUCCCAGAAAACGAAAGAACGGCUCAGCUUUUUCGAAUGAGGGUUUAGAUCUGAAUUAUCCAGAAAAAAACGACACGCCAAAAAAAAUGAAAGUAGAUUUUGAAGUUAGAGAACCUGACUGCUUCGUAAAUCCAGCCUUGAAUCUCGAUUUUCCUGUUGACGAAACUUGCAAUGGGGCUGAAUUUGAAGUUGCCCGACCGUCUGGUCUUUUGAAUCCAGCGUUGGAUUUAUCUGAAGAGACGCCGAAAAAGAAGCGUAAGAAAGAGAAAAAUGGGACACCAAAGAAAGUCAAGACAGACGUUGAAGUUAAGGCACCUGAUUGCUUUAUAAAUCCGGCCUUAAAUCUCGAAUUUCCUGUCGAUGAAACGCGAAAUGGGGCAGAAUUUGAAGUAGCCCGACCCUCGGGUCUUUUGGAUUUAUCUGAAGACACUCCAAAAAAGAAGCGCAAGAAGGAGAAAAAUGGGACACCAAAGAAAGUCAAGACAUACGUUGAAGUUAAGGCACCUGAUUGUUUUAUAAAUCCGGCUUUAAAUCUCGAAUGUCCUGUCGAUGAAACGCGAAAUGGGGCCGAGUUUGAAGUAUCCCGACCUUCGGUUCUUGAUCCAAAUUUAAAUUUAUCUGAGGACACUCCAAAAAAGAAAGACAAAAAGCGAAAGAAGGUUGUGCCCAGCACUGAAGGUUUUGUAAAUUCGGCUCUUGAUCUGAAUUGUCCGGUCAAUGAGAGAGACAGUGGAGCGAGAUUCGAAGUUCCGAGGGUGGAAAUGGGUCUUGCCAAUGACGCUCUGGAUUUAUCGGAUGAAGCUUCCGGAAAGAGACGCGUCACUUUUAACAAUUUGGUCGAGUACAAUAUGGAUGGCGUUAAAAAGAAAAAGGGAAAGACGAAACUCGACAGAUUUGAGGUUGAGAAUGAAAAGUUGAAACGAAAAAAGAAACAAGCGCCCGAGGAAAAGGGAAUGGUUUUUGUCAAUGAAGCUCUUGAGGUUGACGCGAUAAGUGAAGAAAUUCAGGAUAAUGAACUGAAUGAAAGGAAAUGCAGAAAGGAGAAGAGAAAGAAGAACAGGAGGAUGUCAAAUUUAGAAACUAUUGAAGAGGCUCCCGAAGAGGAAAAAGAAAGUGACGAAAUAAUAAGAGAGCUCGAGGUUAUCACAGUUAAUGAAGUUUCUAUAGAAUCCGAGGAAAUCCUCGAGGCGACUCCGAAGAAAAGUAAGAAAAAGAAGAAGAAGGAUAUUAAUCAAGAGGAACUUGAUGUGAUAGAAAUUUGUGAGUCUGACAAAGAUACUUCUUUAACUGACACUGCGAAAACGAUUGAAGUGAAGAAGAAAAAGAAGAAGGAGAAGAAAGCGAACGAAGCAGACGAUAAGGCUAAUGGAUUCGAUAAAGAGAAUUUGUAUACGAAGGUGGAAAGUCUUCCGGAAACGGAGAAAAGGAAGAAGAAGAAGAAACGAAAGUCGAUGGAGACUUGUCAAUUUUUCUUGGAUGAGAAUAUAGAUAAAAAGGAAGAACCAGAAAUAGAAGAGUGUCUUGAAGUAGUGCGUGAAAAUAAAAAGAAGAAAAAACGUCCCAGAGACUCAGAUUUAAUCAUGGAAAAUGAAAAUUCGGAGGCUAAGAAAGUAGAGAAUUGUGAAGAUCAUUCAACGCCUUCGAAAAAGCGACGAUUCACAGAAGAAACUUCGGAAAUACCACAAAGUCCUUAUGAAAAGAUGGCUAAGAAGUCGAAGAAUGUGUUGAAAGCGAUGUUUGCCAAAAGUCCUGUUGUUCACUUCAAAGGUUCAAAUAUUAACGAAAUUAAAGGCUAUGGAGUCGAUCCUUAAUGUAAACUAUUUUUCAUAGGCGCGAAGUUAAAGAACUGAGUAAUUUAUUAUGGAAUAUUCGAUUUUUAGUUUUGAUAAGUGUGUUAAUUUUUAAUUCUUAGUACGAUUUAUUGUAUGAAAUACGAAAAAUUUUUAUGUACAAUUGUACAUAUAUUGUAUAUAGAUAUCUUCGUUGUGAAGAUUAUACGAAAUAUAUUUAUAUUUGG